AUCAUUGGGCGUUUACUGUGUGAUAGUAAAUGUUAUGCUUUAGAUAAUGCUAUUCAUAAUUCAGUCAAAUAUCAAUAAAAUUUCGAUACGUUAGUAAAUAGACUGGAAAAAUUCAUAGUUCGCAGUUUUCUAAAAAGAAAUUAGUUUGAUAAUUUUAAUUACUGUUUCUGAAAAAAAAAAUCAACAUUUAAUUUAGAAUAUUAGAAAUCAUUACUUUCUGUCGACGGUAGCGACGUACAGUUGCUGAGUCAAUAAAACUUGUGUUUAACACGCUUGGGGUACAAAGAAACCAACCCUUUUAUGGGAUUCCAUCAACUUAAUGUUAUGGAUCCUUGGGUAGUUACUCCACUAGAAUGGAAACGGUUUUGCGACCAUUUUCAAGCUCUUAAACCAUUUGAUGGAAUGGUUACUGGAGAACAAGCAAAAGGAUUUCUCCUUCAGUCAAGAUUACCACCACAAAUACUUGGUGCAAUAUGGGCUCUUGCUGAUACUGAUGCUGAUGGUCGUAUGAAUAUAAUUGAAUUUACCAUUGCUUGCAAAUUGAUAAGUUUAAAACUUAGAGGAUUAGAAUUACCUAAUGUCUUACCAAGUAAUUUAUGGAACUCUAUUCAAUCAUUAAAUUCAGUUACAAAUGUUUCAACUCCAUCUCUGUCAACACCUCCUUCACAAGUUCCUGGAGCUGUACCUCCUAUGAGUUUACCUUUAACUGCUGUUUCACCAACAUCAAUUUUACCACUCGCUUCACCAAUAUUACAACCUAUAGCUCCUUCUCCAGUUAAUAUUAAUAGUUCUUCUAUAAGCCAAUCACCCCAGCAAAUAGUUAAGUCUUCACCUGUGUUAUCAACAAAUAAUAUAAAUGAAGUUAUUGUUGGACAACCUAGUCCACCGUCUAAACCAGUAACCCCUGUCUGUGCAUCCCUUACUAAUACACCCAUUACUUCAAUGCCAAUGCCAUUACCAAUAGAAUCGCCUGGAAAUCAAGAAUGGGCUUUACCGCAUCAGUCAAAACUCAAAUAUACACAAUUAUUUAAUACAACUGAUCGUACAAGGACAGGUUUUUUAACUGGGGUACAAGCUAGAAGUAUUAUGUUAGCUACUCAGUUACCUCAAAAUGUUCUUGCCCAAAUAUGGAAUCUAUCUGAUUUGGAUAAAGAUGGUCAAUUAUCUUGUGAUGAGUUUGUUUUGGCUAUGUAUUUAUGUGAUUUAGCUAAAUCAGGAGAAAAAAUUCGUAUACCAUUACCUCCAGAGCUUAUACCCCCAUCAAUUAGAAGACAACGACAAAGUAGUUUAACAGCAACUAGUGAAGGAACACCUGAAUCUGAUACUACUCCUAUAAAUCAAACUACAUUUGAAGAUAAGCGUAAAGAAAAUUUUGAAAAAGGUCAAGCUGAAUUAGAACGUCGUCGUAAGGCUUUGUUGGAAAUUCAAAGAAAAGAACAAGAAGAAAGAGAACGAAAAGAGCGAGAAGAACAUGAUAGGAGAGAAAAAAUUAGAUUAGAACAAGAAAAAAGAAGACAAGAAGAAUUAGAGAUUCAAAUGAGAAGACAGAAAGAAUUAGAACAAGAAAAAGAAGAACAAAGAAAAAGAGCUCAAGAACAAAGAGAAGCUGCACGAAAAGAAAUGGAAAGACAACGUCAGUUGGAAUGGGAAAAACAAAAAUGCAUGGAACUACAACAACAACGUCAUAAAGAACAAGAAGCUGUUUUGAAACUUAAAGCGAAAAAUCAAAAUUUAACCAUUGAGUUGCAACAAAUGACUGAUAAGACUAAAGAGCUAUCUCAAAAAAUUAGUGAAACUCGAGCUAAUGUAACUGGUGUUAAAUCAACUAUUGAUAGUAUGCGGUCGACUCGUGACACACAAAUGAAUGAAAUGUCCCGCUUAAAAUGUAUUUUAAAAGAACAAAAUCAGCGUCUUAUUACUCUCAGUCAAGAAAAAAUACGUCUUGAAUCUAAAAGUAAAUCAAAUUCUCAAAAUGUUACUGUUGAGAUCCAAGAACAAGCUCAGUUGUCACUGACUAACAAAAAGUUAACUAUAAAGAGCUUGGAAGAAAAAAUCAGUGAUCUUAACUCUAAGAUUGAAUUAAAGAAACAAGAUGUUGAAAAUAAUAACGGUACCCUUGAUCAGUUGAAGAAACAGUUAACAAAACUUAUUGAUGAAUGUGAGAAAAUUUAUCCAAAUUAUGUUGAAAAAACACAAAAAGUUAUGGAUAUGAAAAAAACAAAAAUUAAAGAGAUGUCAUCUUGGGGUGAUGACGCUUGGAAUGUGGCUCCUACUACAGAUUGGGGUAGUGAAACGUCACAGAGUCAAGAGUCAAGUGCUUUUAAAAAUUGUCGAGCUCUAUACGAAUUUGUAGCUCGAAAUUCUGAUGAACUAUCUUUUCAACCGGGUGACAUCAUUAUGGUUCCAAUUGAACAAAAUGCAGAACCUGGAUGGUUGGCUGGGGAAUUCAAAAAUAAAACUGGAUGGUUUCCUGAAUCAUAUGUUGAAACAGUUGAUGGUACUGAUGAUAUUCGUAGCAUAAUAGCUAACAGACAAGCACCACCUGAAAAUAAUCAAGUUACUACCACAAUACCUCUAGAUGGAAUUUCUGAGCUACCAGAAAAUGAUUUUGAUAAGGAUUUUAAUGUUAAAGUCACUGAUAAUAGUAACUACCCAUCUUCUGAAUUAAUUUUGGGUUAUGGUACUGCAGUAAAAUUUACUGUUGAAGUUUUGAAAAAUUGGUCAGGAAAAGACAAUUCCUUUCUUACUAUCAAAACUGGAGAACUUAUUGAAGUAUCUGAAAAUCAAGGAGAUUGGUGGUAUGGUACAUCUUCUAAUAAUCGGUCUGGAUGGUUUAAUAAACAAAUGGCUAAAGUAAUAAAAAAUGACUCUGACAAUACGUCAACUUUUAAACAAGAAUAUUAUACUGUGCUUUAUCCUUAUGAGUCUGUUGAGCCUGGUGACUUGAAUUUAUAUCAAGAUGAAGUAGUAUUAGUAACUAAAAAAGAUGGUGAUUGGUGGACAGGUAUAAUUGGUGAUAGAUCUGGUGUUUUUCCUUCUAAUUAUGUUCAACUUCUUGAACCUCAGCCUAAAGGAUUUUUGGAAAAAAAUCCUCCUUUAGAAUCUGCAGCAUCAGUAAAAUCAGAAACUUCAGUUACUUCUUCUCCUUUAACAACACCAAUACAAAUGGAAUCUCAAAAAAUUGGAGAAAGUAGAUCUAUCACACCAGAUUUAUACUCAAAUAAAAAGGAUAAUAGUGCUGCUGAAGAUAGUGAAAAUGAUGAUAAGGUUACUAAAGGAUCUAAAAAAGCUGAAGUUGCGACAGUUAUUGCACCUUAUACUUCAACAAGUGCAGAACAAUUAAGUCUACAAAAAGGACAGUUAGUAAAAAUAAGAAAAAAGACAACCACUGGAUGGUGGGAAGGAGAACUACAAGCAAAAGGACAAAAAAGGCAGAUUGGAUGGUUUCCAGCUUCAUAUGUCAAGCCAUUAGGUGGAAGUACUGGUAGGGCAAAUUCUCCAGCUAUAAAAAAUAAUACCCCAGUAAUGCCUGUAACAACUACAUCAACUUGUUCUAAAGAAAAAGUUAUAGCACUCUUUCCAUUCAAUGCUGUACAUAGUGAUGAGUUAACUUUUCAAAAGGAUGAAAUUAUUACACUGGUGUCAAAAGAGGAACAAGCCUGGUGGAGAGGAGAACUUAAUGGAAAAACUGGCUUGUUUCCUAGUAAUUAUGUGGCACUUUUGUCUGAAGUUACAUUAAAAGUGACAUUGAGUAAAGAAGAACGAAAAAGACAACAACACAUACUAGAAUUAAUAACUACAGAACAAGCUUACAUUGAAGAUAUGAUUGCUGUUCAUGAGGUUUUUGAAAAACCUUUGUAUGAAAGCAAAGUUCUUACUACUUCUGAAAUACGACAAAUUUUCAUAAAUUGGGAAGAAAUAAUUGAGUGCAAUCAAAUGUUCUUAACAUCAUUACGAGUACGUAAAGAUAUGAGUCCUGCUGGAGUUGUGCGAAUAGUUGGUGAUAUUUUAUGUGAACAUUUUCCAAGGAUGACACGUUAUGUACGAUUUUGUAGUUGCCAGUUAAAUGCUGCCAUAACAUUACAAAAAUUAACUGAAACCAAUGUUGCUUUUCGUGAAAUCGCUAAGCGCUGUCAAAGCGAUUGUCGAACAAAAGGAUUACCUCUUAGUUCUUUUCUUAUAAAACCUAUGCAACGAAUAACAAAAUAUCCAUUACUUGUUCAAAAGAUUUUGGAACAUACUCCUGAUUCACAUCCAGAUCGUUUGCAUUUAAAUGAAGCGAUUUCCAAAGCAGAAGAAAUAUGUCUUCAAGUGAAUGAAGGUGUUCGAGAAAAAGAAAAUUCUGACCGAUUGGAAUGGUUACAAUCACAUGUGAAUAGCGAUGGUUUAACAGAACAACUUAUAUUUAAUUCCUUAACAAAUUCUCUAGGGUCUAGGAAGUUUAUUCACUAUGGUAGUUUAUCAAAAACCAAAAGUGGUAAAGAACUUGUAGGUUUCCUCAUGAAUGAUAUGUUAUUAUUGGUUAAACCUGUAAAACCGGCUACAUUAAAUGGUCAAUCGUUUACUUUUGAGAAGUUUGCAGGAAGUUCCUUUAAAAUUUACAAACAGCCUUUUUUACUUACUCAAAUAAAUAUUAUUGAGUCAAUGAACGAUUGUGCCGAAUUUCGCCUAGAACAUGAUAAUUCAUCUAUACUACUGACAGCUCCGACAUUAAGUGAAAGAAAUUUAUGGUUAAAAAAAUUAAAUGAAGCAAAACGUAUUUUAGUUGCAAGUGAAAAAAAUCAAAAACAGUUAAUGGAAUCAAAAAAAGCUGAUUUUGGAGCUUGUGGCCGUGUUCUUGUUUUUAUUAUGGAUGGUAAAAAACUUCAAGUUCCGAAAAGAGGAAAGCGAUCAAUAUUUUGUGAAGUCAGCAUGGGAUCUCGAAAGCAAUGUACUCCUAUUUGUGAAUCUGUUGAUCCUAAGUGGGAUACUUCUAUGCAAUUCCUAGUUAAAAAUAUUCAAGAUGAUAUUUUAUGUUUAACUGUAUUUAAUAAAGGCUAUUAUUCGCCAAAUGAAUUUUUAGGACGAUCUGAAAUCCGUAUUAUGGAUAUAAUACAAUCCACACAAUGUAAUAAAGGGCCUCUUACAAAACUUUUACAAUUAAGAGAAGUUCUGACUGGUUUUAUAACUCUUAAGUUAGAUUUAUGUUUAUUUGAUAAAACUAGUUAAUAAUUUACAUUUAUAUUUAUUCAAGUAGAUUUUCGUAAAUUCAUAGUUACUAACAAUUUAACAUUAAUUAUUAUAUAUUUAUUUUAU